UGGCAAUCAACACAUACCUAGCAAUUGACAAUAUGAAUAUAACCCAUAGCAAUCAACAACAAUCAACAUAAACAUACACAUUAUCCACAGCAAUUGACAAUUGGAUACAACGACAUUCGAUUCACCGCAGAUAAGACAUCAAAUACCAUCGUGCGGCUCCACAGAAGAAGCAAAGGUUUCUUCUCGAAUCUUUUAAAAGCAGAAAACAUGAUCGAGGUCAUUUGCAAUGAUCGUCUCGGCAAGAAAAUCAGAGUAAAGUGCCUGGAAGACGACACAGUUGGCGAUUUCAAAAAGCUGGUGGCCAGCCAGAUCGGAACUUCAUACGACAAGAUCAUUUUGAAGAAAGGAUACACGACGUUUAAAGACCACAUCACCCUCGCCGACUACGAGAUUCAUAACGGCAUGAGUUUAGAGCUGUGAGUAUUCUCUCUGUCUUUCUGUUUUUGUGUGUAUGUCGGUAAGAGCUUUGUGGGGUAUUGUUUGCUGAUAUCGUCGGUUGUCUCUUUCGUGUAGGUAUUACGCUUGAUUUUUCACGCCAAAGUUCUCAGAGACGAGGAUAGACUACGCUGAUUGAGAUUAUCUGAGCAGAGCGACUUUGCUAGAAGUUUUUCAAGAUCUCGAGAGAGAUGGUGCUGGAUUCAUGACCGUAAUAUCUAGUGUAAUAAGACUUUUUC